AUGACUCCUUUAUCCCCUCGUCAACAAAUUGAACAAACUGAAUUAACAUUUAAUGGAACUACAUUAACAAUUAAUGAAACUGUUGAAAUAAUAGAUAAAAUAAUUUAUGAAGAUGGAACUAUUUUAAUUCGUGUUAAUAACAACACCAACACCACGAACAUGUAUUGUAGUAAUAGUAAUUUCCCGGAAUUAAAUUUUAAAAUAAUCAAAACCGAUGGAUCAAUCUUCAAUUUAAGUGAUAAUAUUGAUUUACGAAUACACAAUUCAAAUUAUUGUCAUAUUAAUGGAAGUGAUGAAAACAAUAACAAUAAAGAUGUUAUAAGAAUAUUUCCAAUUUCUAAUUCUUAUGUAUUGGUGACUUAUUUUUGUGAACCAAGUUCUUUGGAAACUUGUGGUUCGAUAAUAGAUUGGAGUGGUAAAAUAAUGAGCAACGUAACUUUUCAAGAUUCAAAUUGUACAGAUAGUGAAAUAGUUUUAAAUAUUAAUCCAGAUACUGGAGAAUUCUUGAGAGUUUGUUUUAUAUCUCAACAACAAAAGGCUAAGUGGGUUAAAUAUUCAUUUCGUGGAUCAAUAAAUAAUUUAACUGUGGGAUCAAUUGACAAUAUUUAUAACUUCACCACCAAUAGAACUAAAUUAUUUGCUACAGAAGAUGGGUCUUUAAAUUCUACUUACACUUUUAAUCUUCCUUCCAGUAUUAAUCCAAAUUUAAAUUAUUUGCAAAUUAUACCUUUAUUUUAUGGUGGUGAUAUGUUAAUUGUUAAGAAUUCUAGCGAAAUUGAAGGUAUUGUUUUUGAUGAUAAAAGAAAUCGGAGUAUGUCUCUUAAAUUUAAUAAUUAUAUUAUGCAAGGAUUAGUAGGCAUUUUUCCUACUAAUAAUAGUAUUUGGGGAUUUAAUUAUACAACAACAUCUUGGAGUGAAAAUGCUCCUGGAAAUGGAAGUUACUACGGAAAUGCAUUUAUAAUAUCUACUUCUCCUUCUAUAAAUUCUGAAUCUGGAUUUAAUAUAACAAAUAUAAAUAUAACUUAUUCAAUUCCUAUUUAUUUAUCAACUGGUAAUAUAAGUAUUUGGCAACGAAACGGUGGUAUGGUUGAUAACAAUAAUAAAGAUAUAUUACGACAAACAAUUUCAGGAUCCAAUUCAAAAUUUUUUACAUUAUCAAAUGAUAGUAAAACUAUUCAAGUCACAAUUUUAUCAAGUACUUUUAAUCAACCUGAUAAUAGUUAUUAUGUGUUGAUUGAUGAUGGAUUUGUAAUGGACGGAUCUGAUUUGUCAGUAGAAAAUGAAUACAACAACCCUGAUUCAAAAAGUACUAUUAUUCGUUUCACUCCUUUAGGAUCAGAAUAUUAUACUUCUUUAAAUAAAUCUCAAAAAAAUGAAUUCGUUAAUCAAUUUAUAUCACAACUUUCAUCUAUAAUACCAUGUUCACCAAAUCGUAUUUACACUCGUACAAAAUAUCAAUAUGAUGUUGAUUUACCUUUAAAAAAUCAAAUUUUAUUUAGAGUUUAUAUUCGUGAAAUAAAAUUUUCUAAUGGGGUCAGUUUUACUUAUAAUAAUAAUUCAGCGGAAGAUACAAGUGCACUUUGGAUUAUUGCUAGUUUGAAUCAGUUAAUUAGAAAUAAAGCCAUCACAGGAAUUUCUCAAAAUAAUCAUACGUAUUUGUUAGAUGAAAGUUAUGGAACUGUUCGAGCUCAAACCUUAAAAGUUGGAAAAGUAUAUGAUAAUAAUGGUGAUGAUCCUCAAUCAAUUCCUUCUGAUUCUCCAGCUCCUUCUAUUACUUCUUCUCAUAGCAGUGAUAGUAAACGUUCUACAGAUGAAGAAAUUAUAACAUCAGAUAUUGAAAAAUAUGCAGUUGAUGGAGAUGAUAACGAUAAUGUUGAAGAUGAAGAAAGUAAUGAGGGAAGAGAAGGAGAAAAGCAUUUGAAAGUUGCUAUGUUUGAUACAUCAUCUCGUGAAUCGUCACCUGAAACCGAUAUAUUGGUAAUGAAUAAAGAUGGUCAAAUUACUUUAAGAAAUCCUGAAGCAUAUAGAGGACCAUUAUUACAAGAUAUACCACAAGUUAAAUUAGUAAAACAUGCAAUAGUAGGUGAUGAUAAUAAGAAUGUUAAGGAUGGUGAAAAGGUGGAUCCAGGUACUAGCGUAAGAUUAAGUGAUAAAUAUUAG